AUGUCUACUAGAGCUGAACUCAUUGCUCCCGAAGCUGUCAAGCCUGAACGGUUGAGCGACGAAGUCAAGCAGGUCCAUGUCCAUGCCACAGAUCAGCAGAGAUUCGAAACCGACAAAUUCAUUGACUCUCUCGACGCCGUUGGGCCUGAGGUAUUUGGCGACGAAGUUGAGCGCCUCAAAGUACGAGCUGCAGCACGUCGAUUGCUUGCCAGAGUGGAGACACCAUACGAGCGCGCCUGGGGGUUCGGCUUCGAACAGCCUGUCAUCUUUGCCGCUAUCCAGACAUGCAUCGACCUGGGGCUUUGGAAAUCCUGGACCGAUGUUGGGUACAGCUCGACUUGGCUCACGAAAAAUACCACAGGCCGCUUGUUCCGUUUGCUAGUCGCAUUCAACGUCGUUGAAGAGACGGCACAAGAUAGAUUCAUACCGACUCCGUUCUCAAAUGCCAUUGGCGACGAGAGCACCAAGGUCCGCGCCUCGCUUCAAGCUGCAACCAAUCAAUACCUCGCUGCUGGUCAUAACCUGCCGGCAUAUUUAGCGAAGAUCUCCUACGCAGAGCCGACCGACGUGGAGGUAAACAACCACUCGGAGAUUGACCCGGAUGGUCUGAACUUCUUUGCUCGGUUGCAUAAAAGCCCUGCAUACUUUGAAGCGUUUACUGGCCACAUGGAGGCCGGGACGGCAUGGAAAACUCCCUGGACCAAAGUUUUCGAUACAACCAAGUUGCUUGAAGGGGUCAAACUUGAUGAUGGCUCUGCAUUUGUGGUUGAUAUCGGUGGGAAUACUGGCAUGGACAUCUCACAUGUCCUUGCCAAACAUCCAGAUAUUCCUGCCGGAUCCCUGAUUUUGCAGGAUCUUCCAGAAGUGAUUGCCAAUGCUCAGGUUGACGAGAAGAUUACAACUAUGGCUCAUGACUUCUUCCUACCUCAACCAGUGAAAGGAAGUCGUGCUUACUUUAUGCACGCGGUUCUUCACGACUGGCCCGAUGACAAGGCUAAGCAACUACUUACGAAUACCAAGAACGCAAUGGUUAAGGGCUAUUCCAAGCUCAUCAUCUAUGACAUCGUUCUUCCGCUGACAGGUGCGAGCAUCAGUCAAGCCACGAUGGACGUAGAAAUGAUGUCGCUGCUGUCAGCUUCGGAGCGAACUCAAGGCGCGUGGACAGAUUUAAUGACCAAUGCUGGUUUGCGAAUUGUCAACUUUUGGCCUGAUCCCCAGCAGUAUGAGAUGGUCAUUGAGGCCGAAAUUGCUUAG